AUGGAGAAUGGAGCGCCACGGCCUCUAACCCUUUUCUUCAUGUUUCUGUUCAUGGGAAUCAUCCAUUCUGCCGCGGCAGCAGGCGACUCCAGCGCUCGUUGCAAAGGGAAUGAAAGGGCAGCUCUUCUCAAGCUCAAGCAAGGCCUGAUCGAUCCCAGCGGCCGGCUGUCUUCCUGGGCGGGUGACGACUGCUGCAGAUGGCGAGGCGUUCGCUGCAGCAACCGCACCGGCCAUGUCAUCCAGCUCCGACUGCGCAACCCCUCACCCUCACCUGACGACGACGACAACUUCUUGUCCGGGGAGAUCAGUCCUUCUCUGCCCGAGCUGAAGCACUUGAGCUACCUGGACUUGAGCAGAAACAGAUUCGAUGGAGCAAGCAUCCCACGCUUCAUCGGCUCGCUGACGAGCUUGCGGUACCUGAACCUCUCCGACGCAACCUUCGGCGGCACGAUUCCACAUCAGCUCGGCAACCUUUCUCGCCUGCAGUACCUUGAUCUCCACUGGCUCUCCCUCCCUCCUCGUCCUCUCGUCGUCGAUAACUUCCACUGGAUCUCUCGUCUCUCCUCCUUGAGGUACCUCGACAUGUCCGCCAUUAACCUUUCGGCAGCAGGCGAUUUGUUCGACGAAGUAACCAAGCUUCCGAAGUUGUCAGUGCUGCGCCUUUUCAAUUGCCAGCUACUUCGCUACCCUCCUCUAUAACUCAAUAUAGGAUCUAGUACCUUCUCAUCAUAUACAAAACAUUAUUGAGUGUAAGUGAGUCUUUCGAAUUAAGCGAAACCCAUAUGGCUCUGUAGCCCAAUAUAAGACACGCCUCUUCACCAAAGGGUUUCAUCAAAGACCUGGAGUUGAUUUCACUGAGACAUUUAGUCUCAUUGUUAAGCCGACUAUAAUCUGACUUAUCCUAAGUUUGGCCAUCACUAAGGAUUAGCAAUUACGAUAAUUGGAUGUUAAUAAUACCUUUUUACAAGGGACUCUCUAACCAAAGUUGUUUUUAUGCAACAACCUCUUGGUUUCACUCAUCCUCAAUAUCCAGAGCAUGUUUGCAAACUACGAAAUGCUAUUUAUGGACUU